UCUGUGCCACAUUUCAAAUCUUGUAAGUUGUAAAUUCUACUUGUUAUCGAUGAUGUUACUGACUACUGUACUACCUACGGUAACACCAUUGUAAUCUUAAUAAUUAUAAGUUUUAAACGUAUUCGUUGUAAAUUAAAUAAUGGCUAAUCGUAAAAACAUACUUUAUUUGUUUGAUGUGGACGGAACAUUAACGAAACCGAGACAAAUAAUAUCAGAAGAUUUAAAAUUAUUUCUCCUCAAUCAUGUCAAGCCCGAAGUUGCUAUAGGGUUGGUAAGCGGAUCAGACUAUUCAAAAAUAGUCGAACAAAUGGAUGGCGAAGAUAUAACUAAUCAAUUUGAUUAUGUGUUUUGUGAGAAUGGAGUGAUGCAAUAUCAGCAAGGCGAACUUAAGAACACACAGAGUAUUCUAAAUCAUGCUGGCGAGAGAACAUUACAACGUGUUAUAAAUUUUGCCCUUGGAUAUAUGUCUAAUUUAGAAUUACCAGCUAAACGCGGAAAUUUUGUUGAGUUUCGGUCUAGUAUGAUAAAUAUAUGCCCAGUGGGGCGCUCUUGCAACCAGAAUGAAAGAGAUCAAUUUUCCCAAUUUGAUAAUCAACAUAACAUAAGAACUAAGUUUGUUGAGGCUCUACAAAAUGAAUUUAAAGAUACGGAUCUUAAAUUUGCGCUUGGUGGUCAAAUCAGUGUGGAUGUAUUUCCUAAGGGUUGGGAUAAGACUUACUGCUUGAAACAUGUUGCAGCUGCAAAUUUUAAGGAAAUUCAUUUUUUUGGUGAUAAAACAAUGCCAGGAGGAAACGAUUUCGAAAUCUAUAGUGAUGAACGAACCAUUGGACAUAAAGUUUCUUCACCCCAAGAUACCAAGGAACAAUUAAAAAAACUUCUUAGUAUUUAAUAAUAAAAUAAAAUCCAUUAUAAAAUUUACAGCUAUACAUCUAUAUUAAAUAUACAAAAAUAUCACUAUUAAAUGAUGAUAUUGUGAUUGUGAGUUGCAUCAGCUACAUAAACAAUGAUAACCUUGUCAACAUGAUAACAGUAUAUUUAAAAAAUCUUAUCUCCACAGCACACCAGUUUUAAUGUACAUGUGAAUAUAAUUGAACAAAUUCACUGCUAAAAUAGAUCCAUCAAUGACCUUGA